AUGUACCUGAGUGUCAUCUGCGUGUACUUUGGCGCUGACGCUUCUGUGUCGACCUCAGAACCACAGGCCAGCGUCCGUUCAUUUGUGAAGAGCGGCAGGAGCAACUGGACGCGAAGCUACAGCCGCCUACAGUCAGCCAUUCCCUUUUGGCCUGAGAACGACACCAAGCGGCUGAAGAUCAAAGUGGAAGGUUGCUUGUUGCCUCCUCGGACGAUUGACUUCACACGACCAGAAAACUGCCUACUUCUGCAUCUGGACAACUCUGUGGGUGGGAUCACUGUAAAUGUGAACUUGUCCGAGCACUCGGCCACGAUCCGCUUCUCUGAGUAUCACGAUGGCGCAGCCCCUUUCCUCAUCAUCAACAACACAAAGGACCAGACACUGCAGUUUUAUCAGAGCGCUUUGACAGAUUCCAAUUGGGUGGCCGACAAGCUACUCGACCUCUCCUUCUCAGAGGAGGAGGACAGCUCUCAGAAGGAGGCAGAGCACGAGGGGCUGGAGGCUGGGAGAGCGGUGCAUUACACCUGGACCGAACCCACCGGGUCCCGAGAGCUCUGCUGGAAGUGCGGUACUUACAAUGGGAAGCUGAAGAGUGAGGAGGACCUGCGGGUGAACGUGAACAAUGAGGGGAAACUAUUUGUGAUGUCCUUCUAUGAAGGUCUCCAGCGAGUUGUGCUCUUCACUGAGGAGCUACGCAUCUACAAGCUGCUCUGUGAGAGCGAAAAGGCUCAGCUGGCCGAACAGGAAAUCAUCCUGUCGCUGCAGAACGUGGGCGUGUCUCUGGUCAACAACAGCAGCGGCCAGGAGAUCUCCUUCAUUGGGAUCACAAGCUCUGAUGUGGUGUGGGAGUUAAAGCCUAAGAAGAAGAAUCGGUGGAAGUCUAUGAGCACUAAAGAAGCUGAGAUGCUGGAGAGCAAAUUCAAAGAGUACAUGGAGUCUUGCCCCGUAGACCACGCCAUCACUGACCUGGAUAACAACUUCCAGGUGGCCUUUACUCCGAACGGCCAGGAUAUGCAGAUGUUGCAGCCGUGUGAUGCUCCUCUCAGGAGGCACUUCCUGCCUGCAGUGAAGGUGGAGUACAGCGUCUCUCCACGACAAAGAGCCUACCGUGUCCAGAUCCACCGCAUUCAGAUCCAGAACCAGCUCCCCGGAGCCAUCUUCCCGUAUGUGUUUUACCCCGUGAAACUGCCAAAGUCUAUCACCAUGGAUGCAGAACCCAAACCUCUAACUGACAUCAGCAUUGUUACCAGAACAGCAGGGCACUCUGAUAUCUCACGCAUCAAGUACUUCAAGGUGUUGAUCCAAGAGAUGGACCUGAAGCUCGACCUGGGCUUCCUGUACGCCAUCCUGGACCUGUUCACUCCUGAGAACGCCAGCAUCAUGACCUCACAACAGGAGGUGGAACUGUUUGAGAAGGACAUAGAGUACAUAAAGACAGAACUGAACCAUGUCUCUGCUGCUGACACCUCUCCCAUCAGCCUCUACGAGUACUUCCACAUCUCCCCCAUCAAGCUGCACUUGAGUUUCUCUCUGAGUACGGGAGGGGAAGACGGCAUGAAGGAGAAGAGAGACAAGGAACUCAUCCCUGUCCAGUCCCUGAACCUGCUGCUGAAGAGUAUCGGUGCCACGCUCACAGAUGUGCAGGACGUCGUUUUCAAGCUGGCCUUCUUUGAGUUGACCUUCCGCUUUUGUACCACCCAGCAGCUACAAUGGGAGGUCAUCAGGCAUUAUUCUAAGCAGGCUAUUAAACAGAUGUAUGUGCUGGUGCUGGGCCUGGAUGUACUUGGAAAUCCUUUCGGGCUGAUCAGAGGACUGUCGGAGGGCGUGGAAGCCUUCUUCUAUGAGCCGUAUCAGGGAGCCAUCCAGGGGCCCGAGGAGUUUGUUGAAGGAAUGGCUCUGGGGGUGAAGGCUCUGGUGGGAGGAGCUGUAGGGGGAAUAGCAGGUGCAGCCUCCAGGAUCACUGGAGCCAUGGCGAAGGGCGUCGCUGCCAUAACGAUGGACGAGGAGUACCAGCAGAAAAGACGAGAAACUAUGAACAAACAACCCAGUGGCCUGAGAGAGGGGCUGGCCAGGGGGGGAAAGGGAUUAGUGUCUGGUUUUGUCAGUGGCAUCACGGGCAUUGUCACCAAACCUAUCAAAGGAGCACAGAAGGAGGGUGCAGCCGGCUUUUUCAAAGGUGUUGGGAAAGGUCUGGUUGGUGCUGUAGCCAGACCUACAGGAGGCAUUAUUGACAUGGCCAGCAGUACUUUCCAAGGGAUCAAGAGGGCAGCAGAGACUUCACAAGAUAUCGCCUCUUUGCGACCGCCGCGUUUCAUUCACGAGGAUGGAGUCAUACGCCCAUAUAAGGAGAGGGAGGGGCUCGGCAGCCAGAUGCUGCAGAAAAUUGAGAAUGGACGUUUUGCCAAGUACAGAUACUUUGCUCAUGCCAAGGUCAAUGAUUCAGACUUCUUCAUGAUCACCAAGAGGGGAAUCUUUUUUGUGACCAAAGGCACGUUUGGCCAGCUGACCUGUGAGUGGCAGUAUCUGUUUGAAGAGUUCACCAAGGAUCCCAUGAUUGUUGAGGACCGCCGACUUCGCAUUGAGGCCAAGGAGAGAGUGAAGUCUGUCUUCCACGCUAAGGAGUUUGGGAAGAUCAUAAACUUCAAAACUCCUGAGAUCGCUACUUGGGUUCUGGCCAGAUUGGACGAUGCAAGAGAGAGUUUGCAUAAAUACUGACCAACGAAGAAGAGCGAGAAAUGAUAAAGAAAAAAGAACACACAAAGUCUGUGUGUGUCAGUGCCUUUGUUCUUCACCGCAUGCUCAUGUUGUUUACCUCCCUGUUUGAGUCCAAUUACACGAGGCUGUAUGUUGGUGUGUGUCGGGACGAGUGGCUGCGUGAUAGUGUGUAUGUGUGCAUGCUUACACAAGUGCUAUAUAGACGGCUGACGUACAUUUAUUUACCACAGAAGCUCUGAACUCACUCCACUGUCUUUGCUCUGAUUACACUCAUUUUGCUCUGCUGAUUUUUAAUGAUUUAUUUUAUUAAAACUGACGCACAUUUAAACAUACAGCUUAUCUGCUUUGGCCUGAAUAGGCUGUUGAAAUUUGGAAGAUUUUCAUAGUUUGCCAUUCUCAAUCAAACACAUUCAGUCAAUCAUUUCCUUAGCUCUCAGUGUUAUUAAACAUAUUAAUGAUGUCUUGGUAGGAAACAGCCUAAAUGACAUUGAAGCCAAAUCAACCACAGUUGUAGCCCAUUUAAUGUUGUAUGCUGUUUUUUUUUUUUUUACUGGAUUGUAUAAGGGAAACUAAUAUAUAUUUGAGAUUGGCUCUGUAACUCAUAUAAUUCAAAUUGUGCUCAAACUACUGUUUUAUUUGACUCUCCAUUUUCCUCGUUUUUUAUACAAGAUGAAGACUGCUCAGUGUAUGAUUGAGAGCCGCAUGCUAUUUUUAUAUUCUUGUGUAUCAAUCUGCUGUAUAUUAAUCUCAUAUGGUAUCUGUAUAUACUCAUCCUCACACACUAGUCUGUAUUAUGGCGUUACAGAUUGUACUUUUGUGAUUUUUAUGUUUUUAUACCACACAUAUGCAAUGCCAACUAUGUUGAUGAAUUAUGCAGAGAAAAGUAUAUUUAAAAGAAAUGAAUGCUAAUUAUUAACAGCUGAUGUUUACUCUGUUGUAUAUUUUAAAGGAUUGCUUUGGGUUGUAUCGCAAUUUAGUUCGACUAAAUAUUAACAGACUUAAUAUUUCUUUUGCCAUUAAUGUGUGUUAUUUUGAGCAUCAAGUGUUCGCUGCAGCGGUUCCAUUUUUCCCCCAUACGUUCAAAAAAAAUAAAAUAUGUGUUUCGAAUGUA